GGCUGUGCGGCGGCAGCAUGGAGGUCCUGCCCUGCUCCCGGGUGGCUCACAUCGAGCGCAAGAAGAAGCCCUACAACAACAACAUCGGGUUCUACACCAAGCGCAACGCCCUGCGGGUGGCCGAGGUGUGGAUGGACGACUACAAAUCGCACGUCUACAUCGCAUGGAACCUGCCCCUGGAGAAUCCAGGUAUUGACAUCGGGGACGUUUCUGAGAGAAAAGCAUUAAGGAAAAGCUUGAAGUGUAAAAAUUUCCAGUGGUACUUGGACCACGUUUAUCCAGAAAUGAGAAGAUACAACAACACCAUUGCUUAUGGCGAGCUUCGAAACAACAAGGCGAAAGACGUCUGCCUUGACCAGGGCCCGCAGGAGAACCACACAGCAAUAUUGUACCCGUGCCACGGCUGGGGACCGCAGCUUGCACGCUACACCAAGGAGGGCUUCCUUCAUCUCGGCGCCCUCGGCACGACGACCCUUCUGCCCGAUACCCGCUGCCUGGUGGACAACGUGAAGAGCCGCUUCCCUCAGCUCCUCGAUUGCGACAAGGUCAAGAGCAGCCUCCAUAAGCGCUGGAAUUUCAUCCAGAAUGGUGCCAUCCUGAACAAGGGAACAGGACGAUGCUUGGAAGUGGAGAACAGGGGAAUGGCUGGCAUCGAUCUGAUCCUUCGCAGCUGCACGGGACAAAGGUGGACGAUUAAAAAUUUCAUCAAGUAAAGGGUGGAAGAGUCAGGGGAGUUUGACUCGAAACACGUCUGACUUGGACCGAUCUGACUGGACUCCUUUGGAAAGAAUGGAAUAUCAAAACAGAGCUUUAUUCAUGUUAUGGGGGAAAUGGGCAUUUGUGUCUUUUUAUUUUUAUUGUAUAUUAGUCUCCCACAGCUGAUUCCGACUGUGUGAAAUUGGGUCAGAACUGCUAUUUUCUUCUGGCAAACACUCUAAAAGGUACCACUUAUUUCUGCUGGGAUGACUGUAAUAAGCUCAUGCAGUCUUGUGAGCAUUUUACUGACAGGGAAUUGUUGCUUUCCCAGACGACUCCAAGCUCUCCCAAAGGGCCAGGUAGGUUUGCAC